GGGGUGCACUGUUUAUACAACUGGAGAAGCCUUCACACCAAAAUGUCCGUAGCAGUCUCUAUCCCAGUCAUUUGGCAAACAGCACCAAACCCCCUCAAACAACCUCGGAUCAUUUGGCAUCGGCACCAUCGUCCAGCCCCACCCCUGCAGCUCCAGCUCCAUAAAAACCCCGAGAGCGAUUCCCCUACCUUCAUUCGCUUCCCUCCGGAGGAUAACGACUCAUCCAGGCGUCCAUCUCUCGGAGAUCUUCCAAAACAGGACUAUUUGGGAAUAUCCCACAGCAAAAAAGAAAAAUGAAUUCUGUGUGCGUUGCCGUCCCUUUUUCCAAUGCAAUGAACACUGACAUCCAGCAGUCUAGCAGCCCAGCUUCCCUGUGGAGACCGUGGCUCAUGACAAGAAAGGAUGCACAAACUGAAUGCCGCAGAACCAAGUUGGCUUGUCCUUACUCCAGGCCAGAAGUGCCCAGUAACACUACAACAGAUGGCAAAAUGCAGUCUUUCCAGCACCCUGUCAGGCUGUAUUGGCCCAUAUCGAAAUCCUACGACUACCUCUUCAGCGAUGGCGAGGCCCUUCUUAGAAAUUUCCCAGUGCAGGCCACCAUAAACUUCUACGAUGAGUCAGACAGCGAGGAAGAGGAGGACAGCUGUGAUGAAGAUGAUGACAGCGAUGCUGAGGAGUGUCUUAAAUUUAACAGUCACUUCACCAGUUACAACUGAAUGUUCCUCCUCACCCGUCUUUGCAACAGUGACUUUAUGUUGAGAAAAAUACAUCAUGAAACCACAUCGCGCUCUACUCGUGCCAUCAAUAAUUCAGUGCAUGGACAUGGUGUUUCUUAUGAGCAUCUAGAGCACAACCAGAGUGAUUUACUGAUUGUUUUAUGCAAGAAACAUCAAUUACAUGAAUGCAGAUUAAGAUAUGUCAUGUAUAAAAGUGAUUCCUGUUAAAAACAGUGAAAAUGCAAUCCCACAUUGGGAAAUGUUGUUUCAGAGGAAUCUCAGGGUUCUUAUAAAAUUCUAUUUGUACUCUAUUACCCAUCCCUAAUUUAAUAAUAUGAUUUAUGUACAUUUUAUGUAUAUAUGUAUUUAUGGCAUAUUUUUCUACUUUUGUACUUUUGAUUUAAAAUAAAAAUCUAUAUUUAAAUGAGUGCAAA